AUCUAUGCAAAUGCAAACCGCAUUAUGUUGUCGUUCACGUUGUGCGCACUUUUGCUCCUUGUGAGCGGUUCUCUUGCCGCAAUUCACAACAAGGCCUGGUGGAACAAUACAGUUUUCUAUCAGGUUUAUCCCAGAAGCUUGCUCGAUACGAACGCCGAUGGCGUAGGCGAUUUACCGGGAAUAACAUCCAAAUUGCCGUAUUUCGUGGAAAGUGGUAUCGAUGCGAUCUGGCUAUCACCUAUAUACACAAGUCCCAUGGUCGACUUCGGAUACGACAUCUCCAACUUCACCGCAAUCGAUCCAAUUUACGGUACUCUAAACGACUUCAAGGCACUUUUGGCGCGUGCUAAGGAACUUGGUCUAAAAGUGGUCCUGGAUCUUGUGCCGAAUCACACAUCCGACAAACACAUCUGGUUCCAAAAGGCUCUUCAAGGUGACAAGAAGUACAAGAACUAUUACGUGUGGGCAAAUGGUAAAAACAACGACGGCAUUACGCCACCCAACAAUUGGCUCAGUGUGUUCGGUGGUUCCGCGUGGAAAUACGUCGCGUCACUGAAACAAUGGUAUUUUCAUGCAUUCGAAUAUAGGCAGCCUGACUUGAAUUACUACAAUCCUGACGUGAGGAAAGAAUUAAUAAAUGUCUUGAAAUUCUGGUUGGACUUGGGUAUCGACGGAUUUCGCGUCGAUUCCGCCAUAUUCCUUUAUGAAGACUCAGAAUUGAGAGACGACCCUAGAUCCUACGCGCCGGGCGUUACACCCAGCAAUUACGCAUAUCUGAACCACAUUCACACUGAAAAUCAGCCUCUUACUUACGAAUUGUACAGAACGUGGCGACAAUACUUGGAUCAGUAUUCUGCCGAACACGAUCAGGAUCAGAAGUUGCUAGUGAUGGAGGCGUAUGCCAGUUUCGACAACACCAUGAAGUUUUAUGAGUAUGGUGUUCUGCCCUUCAAUUUCGAAUUUAUCAUAAAUGUAACUAGCCACUCGUCUGCGUUAGACUACAAGCACGAAAUAGAUCUCUGGAUGAAUUCAUUGCCGGUUGGCGAAGUCGCUAAUUGGGUGUUAGGAAAUCACGACAAUCCGCGCGUGGCUUCUCGUUAUCCUGGCAGAUCGGAUCAGAUGACCAUGUUGUCCAUGAUCUUGCCAGGCAUGGCGGUGACGUACAACGGUGACGAAAUCGGCAUGGUAGACAAGAGAGACAUUACCUGGGAAAACACGCAAGAUCCUCAGGCGUGUAUCGCCGGCAAAGCUUCGUACGCGACUGUAUCUCGCGAUCCCGAACGCACGCCGUUCCAAUGGGACGCGACAAAAAACGCAGGUUUCAGCACGGCCAACUCGACGUGGCUGCCGGUGAAUAAAAAUUANAAGGAAUUGAAUUUGGCAAACGAAAAGGCGGCCAGCGAGUCGCACUACAAGAUCUACACGACUUUGACUCAGUUGCAUAGAACGGAACCAGCUCUUAGGGAAGGAAGCUACCGAUCGAUUACAACGAAUAAUGACAAUGUUCUCGGUAUCAUUCGAAACUCUGCUUCGCGCUUCGUGCUGCUUCUAAUCAAUUUCAAGGACGACGAGGACCAAAUCGUAGAUUUAUCAAAUAAAGGACUUCCAGCUCUACUUACGGUGAAAGUUGCCAGCUUGGAUUCCGGUGUGAAAGCAGGAACGCUGGUUGACUCGAAGAAGAUAUCUCUGCCUGCGAAAGCUGCCGUAGUCUACGUUUCUUCAUGAAUACCAUUUUAAUAUGCCAAUAUGCAAUUUUUCACAAUCGAUCACGAUGGAAAUAACUUCGCUUUUUGAAUAUCUUGAUGUAAAAGCAAAAAAAUCAUGUAACAAUUUCAAACAUUUUUACACAGGCAGUAGCUAUCCUGAAAGCACCAACAAAGUUUUUAAAAGACUGCCUUGCGUACAUAAAUUGUAAUCUUUUUCCUGUAAUAAAGACCAAUAAACGAUAAAGAAAGGUAA